UUUGCCAGAAUAUCUCAUGGAUAUCUCCUCGGUUUGAAAAAGUCGAAUUUCCGGUGGGUGAGAACGGAACAUGGGCAAAUUCAACAGGAAUGUGUCCAUUCAACACUACUCAAGCCAAUGAACCUAUUGGACGGGCUCUGUGUAUCGGCGAUGGUAUUACCAAGAGCCAGUGGCAGCCAAUGGAUAAUUGCGGACCAUUUAGAAAUGUCACAGACAUUCUCACCGAAAUUGCACAGGUAGUCGUAGGUGAAAAAAACGCAGGUAAAGUGAGCAAGCAAGUAUCAUCUGUCACUUCCAACAUCGAAGGUAUCACAUCAAAUGACAUCAAGCUUGUGGCAGAGAUAACAUCUAACAUUGUGCAGCAAAAUCUGACUAGUGAAGAGGUAACAGAGUCUAUAACGAGUAUUGUGAGCAAUAUAGCUCAGGUACAAACGGAGGAACUUGAAACCGCAGAGGAAGAAGGUGGGGCAAUAAGUAAAUUUGUCCAGGCUUUUGAGGAACAAAUCAAUCGUGUUGAGGUUGCCGAUGGCGGGUUGCUCAACAUUCAGCAGCCAAGUGUAGCCGUAAAGAUUCAGAGUGUACUUGCUGAUGAUGUAAUGAGCGGUCUCGUGCUUUCGCUAGCUGGAUCCAGUCCUUCAGACCUGACCAAAUCCAAUAUUACAAUCAGUGUCCCGACCAAAGAUGACCACGAUAACGUCAUUGAUACCAGACCAGACAUCAUCGCUCUGGUCAACAUUCCACCUUCAGUGUCAUCCGUCGUUUCGUCCACGGCCCCAUCCUCAGGAUCGCCGUCGAAUGGCAGUAGUGAAUACGUCCGGAUCAACUUCAAUGUAUUUUCAACUUCAGCCCUGUUCAUUUCUAAGUCAUUGCGCACAAUCAGUGCAGAUAAUGAAGACUUCAAUCGAUCGGCUAACUCGCCCGUAAUUUCUCUCAGUAUUGGUCAAGGGAAAGUAGCAGCCCUGACAGAGUUCAUCAAUUUUACCUUCACUUCAAUAAUGGUAAAACCUUUAACAAUAAAAUGGCAGAAUAAUGGUCUGGAUACGUGA